UUUGAGCAUGAGUUCCAACUUACCAGAUGACUACGAGAGGAUACUGCUGGUGAAACCUGUGGUGUCUGUUUACAAGAUCCCUGCACGUGGAGCUAAUCGCGGAGUCAGGGCUGCAGACUGGAAGUUAGAGUUCCCAGACUGGAAAGGUAGGAUGAGGAUUGUAACGUUGGGGGAGAAAUGUAUUAUCAGACUGGAGGAUAGUAACAACGGUAAACUAUUCGGAGAAUGUCCUAUAGACGACUGGCCGAGUGUAACAGCAGUAGAAGCGGUCCUUGAUAGCAGCAGAUAUUUCGUUUUGCGGCUGGUUGAUCCUAUGGAUACUAGCGGGCGACAUGCUUUUAUAGGUGUAGGAUUUGCAGAUAGAGGCGACUCAUUCGAUUUCAACGUAGCUAUCUCAGAUCAUUUUAAGUGGCUAAAACAAAGCAAAGAAAUCGAGAAAGAAGACCAGAACCCUAAGCCAGUAGUGGACUUGUCCUUGAAAGCAGGGCAAACGAUCACUAUCAAUUUGAAGAACAAGAGCGGUAUAGACCCGGACAGAGUCGAGAGAAGGGGUUCUGAUCAGAAACCCCGACCCAGUGGCGGCGGUGGCGGCGGCGGCGGCGGCUUUACCGGCUUCCUGCCCCCUCCUCCCGGCUCACUUAACACCAGGGUUCCCCUUCCCGGGGUUAAAGCUACCAGCAAACAGGAACUCGGACCCUUGUUCAGAGCAGGUGGUACUCCCAUGCCUCAUGAUGUUCCUGCUCCUUCACCUGUAGGCUUUAGACAGGAGCCUACAACCGAGAACUUGCUUGACGAUGAUUGGGGCGCCUUUUCAUCAUCCACGAAAGAAGGCAACAGCUCAAAUCAGAACAACUGGGUUUCUUUCUCAUAAAACAGCACAGACUUUCCUUUUUGUUUGCAAAAUGUACAAAUAGCACCUCGUAAUGUGUGCAUAAUGUAAGCAUAAUUAAUACAUUGUUUAUACACAUAAUGUAAGCAUAAUUAAUGAAUUGUUUAUGCAUUAUAAGUUCCUUAUAGUUCUUACUUAUAUUUGCAUUCGAUUUCUCUGCGCAAAGAUAUUUAAAUAUUUUAAAUAAUGCAAUCUUGUUUAUACACGCCUAAUACAUAUCGCUUUUAUGUUAAAGUAUUGUAAAUGUAAUGUAACUUAAUGUCACAUUCAUAGUUAUUUUUCGGAUGAUUCAGUUUGAUAGGAUAAUAUGAUUGAUAAUAUAAAUCAAUUUUAAUUUCUAACCUGAAACAACGCUAAAAAGUGCUCCAGUUUUUGUUUUAGUAAGAUACCAUUGCUAUAUAGAAUGUUACAUUUCGUUUAUUUUUUGAAAACACCAAGAUUGUAAAUUGUAAUUAGAACUCUUUUCACUGAGUUGAACUCAGGCGGUUUUAAUGGGCAAUUAGUUAAUUAGUUAACUUGUUGGUUAAUGUUUUUAUGAUUGUUCUUUUAAUUGUGUUCAGGGAACCAAUUUUGUUUUCAACUGGUCAUGUCGUACUUUCGGAAGAUUUUAGAAAGAUGAUUAUCAAUGAUCGGUUUCGUGUCAAAAUUUGAAAGCUUCUUGUAUAUGGGAGACAUGGAGGUAUUAUGAAUGUUACUUAUACAUUAUAAAUACUGUUCUUUUCUGGCUUAUUGAGAUACCAUUUCGUUAGGAUAAGAUCGAAGAAUCACAUUAUCAGGUGAUUAAGAAUUUUCGUCAUACCAUUUGCAUUCUCACUUCUGCUUGUAGCUUGUCACAUCCUAUCUGUCCCCUCCGGCUUCAGACACUUCUACUUGAAGGGACUUAUAACAUGUGACAAGUCACGAGCUGUUUAGUCAAGUCUUGUUUUUGUUGUCUGCAGUCAUGUUUUGCACGUGCGCGCGCGUUUGUGGAAGAUGAUGCAGAAGUUAGAUCAUACUUAAAAUUUAAAUGCUAUCCCUCCGCGUUGAUGAUAGUUUUUACAUUAUGAAAAUAUGUUGAGACAUUGAUAAUAAAGUUAUCUAUACAAUUAGAAAUUCAGUUCAGAUUUCGUCGA